AUAAUUUGGUUAUUCCCAUUGGCGCCAGAUCCAACUGAUUGGGAGAAAACGUGGAGCCGUGCGGCUCUGUUUUACUUCCAACAGCAGCAUAAUCUCCUCAAGAACCAAUUCAGCAAUCGGCUGCGAUUCGAUGAAUAUUCAUGGACUGAGAGGUGGAUUGGGAUCGGUCGAGAGCUUCGCGAAAGAGCAAAGAGGCGGCAGAGUGCUGUCAACGACUACGACUUGACCCCAUUUUAUCUUCUAAAUUAGAGCUCGUGCCCGGUCAAGUGUCACUCGAUGUUGGGCGAGAAAGUCUUCGUCGUGGCCAGUGGUCGAGGCAGCCAGCAGUUUUACUUGUCCCUUCAACCACAGCGGAACCACAAACUGAAGUCUAGGCAUGGCAAGGAUACGUGUUGGUGUGCUGAUCCUCCUGGCAUUAGUGCUUUUGGCCCUGGUGGCCAGCAGUCAGGCACAGAACCAGAAAAAGCAGAAGCAGCAGAGGCCCAAGCCCGCAAUGGGCAAUCACAAGAACAGACGCCCCAACAAGAACCAGCAGGCAGCCGGGCAGAAGCAGAGGCCCAACAAACAGAAGCAGCCACAGCAGCAGCAGCAGCAGCAAAAUAUUCCAGAGUCGAAUGUGUUCACCGCCUCGGUGCCCGUUCUGGGCAGACUUCGCGGUCGUACUUUGAGCACGGACUGGUCUGGCAAGAAAAUAUUGCAAUUCCUCGAUGUGCCAUACGGCAAGGCAGAGCGCUUCAAGGCAGCGGAACCAGCUUCAUCCUGGAGAGGAGUUCUGCCCGCCCAUCGUCAUCAUCCCGGUUGCCCGUCCAUACAGGACCUGCUGAAGUACGCCAAAUUGGAGGAGGAUGGCUUCGAUGUCGAGGACUGUCUUCGCCUCACUGUCAGCACCAAGGCGAUGGAGGGAGAUCUUGCGCCAGUUAUGGUUUACGUUCAUGGCGACUUCUUCUACGAUGGCGACUCCGUGGAGGCUGCCCCUGGCUAUCUGCUGGAGCAGGACGUGGUGCUGGUUUCGGUGCGUUACCGCCUGGGGCCUUUCGGCUUCUUGUCCACAAUGAGCGAUGACAUGCCUGGCAAUGCGGCCGUCAGCGACAUCAUCCUGGCCCUUAAGUGGGUGCAGAAGCACAUCGCCUCCUUCGGUGGCGAUCCACAGCGAGUCACUCUCUUCGGCCAGGUGGGCGGCGCUGCACUUGUCAACGUGCUAACCCUGAGUCCGGCUGUGCCGUCGGGACUCUUCCAUCGAGUCAUCUAUCAGUCGGGCACGGCACUGUCGCCCGCUUUCAUCACAGACACCCCCCUGGCUGCCACCAAGGACAUUGCUCGCAUUGCCGGCUGCAAGCAGCUGGCCAAGGUGGAGUCGCUGAACAAGUGCCUAAUGCGGCUCAAUGCCACAAUGCUGUUGGCCGCCUUCAGCAUCCAUGGCGAGGACAAGCCCUCGCUGAGCGGCGGCGCCUAUGGUGGGGUUCAGCUGGUCAUUGGUGGACCUUCCGGCAUACUGCCGGAGCAUCCGGGACGUCUGCUGGCCGCCGAGAAGUUCCAGGCAUAUCCCACAAUGGGUGGCAGCGUCAAGCAUGGCGGCACCUUCAUGCUGAGAGACAUAUUUGCGGACAGCUUCAACGACACAAUUCUGGAUGACAAGCUGACUGGGCGGCAGUACAUUGAGACCAUCAUAGCGCAGGCUAAUGGCGCAGAUCCCACUGGCUCCUGGAGCGCGUUUGCCGACGAGGAGAUCUUCAGUGCCGAGGACAUCAAGAAUGGCAGCUUCAAGCGUCUUACCCCAGGACUGAUCGAUCUGUGCAGCACAAUUUCUCUGAAGAAUCCCGUGCUCUUGGUGCUCCAGGCCAAUGCCAAGAAGCUGCCCAACAGCACCUAUCUGUACACCUUCGACUACGAGGGCGAGAUCAAUCGAUACGCCAGCAGCGAUGAGGAAGCCUCCUUUGUGCCCUUCGACAUGGGCGUGUCGCUGACCGACGACAAUCUCUACCUGUUCCCCUGGCCACGCUUCCAGAUGCUCAACUCCAACCGCGACAUCAAGGUGGCCAAGCGCAUGGUGGCCCUGUGGACAUCCUUCGCCCAGACGGGUGUACCCGUGGCCCCUGGUGUGCCCGCCUGGGCACCCAUGAGCGACGAGACGGGGCCCUACAUGCGCAUGGGUCGCACCAUCAGCUACGGCGACAACUAUCUCGAUGAAUACAGCAUUGCGGUGGAGGAGGUCAAGCGGGGCUACAGCCUGGUCAACGAGGAUUACUAUGACCUGGAGUCGGCCCUGCUGGCAGCCACCAUGCGGGAUAGGUUGACGCCUGACGCGGAUGCCGAGGACGAUCAGGAGGAUUCAGAGGAGAACGAUGGCGAGACGACUGCCAAUGAGGGACGCGGACAAAAUCUGGUCUUCAUUGCCAAGAAGUCAACGCGCAGACAAAAAUUGUAACAGAAAUAUAAUGGCAAUGCCUU